UUUUAUCACUUCCAUCUGACAAACUUUUGUGUUUUAUCAAUAGAUAAAUAUUGCGCAAGACAGGCCUGUACGUCAUUCGCUAUGCUGGUCUCGAUCCGGACUUGUGGUGUAACGUAAACUGUACGCUAAAAUAGGGAGUGGCAGAUAUUUCAUAAAGUUUCUGUAUGACAACUUGUUCAAAAAUUGUUUAAUUUUUAGUUAAAAGGAUACAACCAACGGAGAAAUUGCGACCUGAUCUAGGAUAUACGGUGUAAAUGCCAUUUGUCGUCUGCUAGUCAGAUGUAUCAUUACUCUUUCCACAAACUUUUAUUCGUCAAUGGUCUUUCUUAUCUGGUAAAAAAGAAUCUCGUCGGGUAGUCUUCUUAGCUAUGUAAAAUUUCUACAUUUUUGGUAUAGGUCUCUUUAUAUCCUCUUAAUAUUUAAAAUAUAAUUUCUGGGUUAGUCCUAGAACAAGUUUGGCACUCAAAGUUGGUAUAGAGGUACAUUUUUUCUUCUGUCUCCUUUAAUCAUGUUUCUGGAAAAAAAAUCAUUGGUAUGAUUAGAAAAGGGAAAUUACAAAAUACAGAACUGUUUUUGCCCGCUUUAAAGUUAGAUGCGUGAGAUUUGGUUUUGCCACUGAAGACACUCCUACGGAUGUAUACACAUCCUUCUGCACAGGAAGCAAACUGUGUCCAAAGGGUCAAGAGUGCUGUGGUAUUUCCUCUUACUUCAGGAUCAUAAAAUAUGCUUGUGAAUCACUGUGUGCAAAUCUACCCAGAUGCAUCUAGAAAAAGAAUGCUACGUGCACACAUAGAGACUGGGGAAAAAACAUACAGGGCUAAAGCCUGCAGAACAUAAUGACUGUACACCCUGGUCUGCUGGGAAUGCAUUGCAUCUUGCCCCCACACUGGACUCUUUUGAGACCCCAGGGCUUGCAGAAUGGUGUGGAUGGUGAGGGGGACAAUAACAACAAGAGUAACAAGGUUCAAGAAAACAGCUGUCACCAUCACUGGCUACCACGGUCACGCCACAAGCACUCUGCCUGUUGUUUGAGAGAAUAUGUGUACGUCGUUGGUGGCAAAGAUGGAACAGUGCCUCUCAGGGACAUAUGGCGAAUUCAUAUUAAAAAACAAUUUUGGGAGCUGAUGGAACCCAAGGGCAGCUGCUUACCUUACCUGCAGGGUCACACUACAGUAGUAAACAAGAGGCUUAUUUUUAUAUUUGGAGGGACCUUCAGUGGCAUCAUUGGAGAUGUGCAACUGUGGGUUUACAAUUCAGAUCUGGAUUACCUGAGGGAAAUAUGGAUAGAACCAGGCAACCCACAGCCUACCUGCCGGAGGGACCACUCAGCUGUCAUGUUCAACAACAUCAUGUAUGUCUACGGGGGCUUUGUUGAUCAAACAGGCUCAAGCCAAGAAUUCUGGGCCUUCAGUACAGAAGAUGAAGAGUGGACAGAGGUAAACUCACGUAACAAAAUCCACCCAGGUAAAAGACACGGACACUCUGCUGUGGUUGCUGGCAAUUCCAUGUGGCUCUAUGGUGGCAUGGCAGGAUUGACCCCAAGAUCAGAUCUUUGGUGCUACAGUUUUUCACUUCGGCAAUGGAAGAAGGUGAAAGGACUUGGAAAUCCACCCACCCUAAAAGGGCACACAGCUGUUGUGGUGAAAAAUCACAUGAUCAUCACUGGGGGCAGCUGCGAAGGAAAAUUUGUCAGCGACAUGUGGGCGUAUAGUUUUGAAACAAUGGCAUGGCUAAAGCUUCAACAGCCAAAAUUCCAUGCUCUGCCCAAGCUCUGCUAUCAUGCUUCUGUUGUAUAUGCCUUUGAGUCUUCUGAAAAGGUCAGAUCCCUUUCAGUACGAUCAACACCCCAGCUGAAAUCUGCUUCCAAGUAUCGAUUACGGCGAGAUCACUUCUUAGUCCGUCCUCGGUCUAGUCCACUUGGUGCCAGAGAGGGGCAAGACCCAGCAGCAGAUUCAGUUAGCUGUGAUGCAAGCAUUCCUGGGGUAGUAGCUCAGGAGGUGUCCAAAACACAGGUACUAACCUUGAAUCUAGAAACACCCAUAGAGGAGUGGUCCUGUGAUCUGUUGGAUGAAAAUUCAACAAACAGAUCUGGUAAUGCAGAUGCUAUCAAUGAUAAAGAACCAUUGCUGAUGAGGGAAGAAUCUGGGGAGUACUACGACACUUUUAUGUGGGACAGAUGCAGCAGUUUUCAAGAGAAAGUAGUAGUUGCUGACUCGGGUGCUGGUCAUGGACACCAUCCUUUAAGCAGACUUUGUGCAUCACAAAGUAACAGACUUUGUGCAUCACAAAGUUUUCCAGAACAUUUGGUUCUAAAGUCACAAGCACAUUACAACAGAGAAAAUAAUUCGUCAACAGGUCCAGGUGUUGCUUACCAUAAUGCACCCAGUGAGCAAGAGCUUAGUAAGGUCAGAAAUGUAGUGCAAAGUGGCAGCACAUCUGGACAAUGGGAUGAUAUUUACUUGGAGGAUCUCGAGUGCACUAAUGAGCAUAACGGUUUGAGCGAAGUGCAGAUCUCAUAUCCAUCACAAAACCCUAUCCAGCAAUUGUUCUCUGUUGCUGAAUUUGAUCAUGAUGGUCACAAAUGGUAUACCCAUGGCCCCCACUGCAUGGAUGAACCAGGCAUUGAGCUGCAGGAGCUGAAAUUUCCCUCAAGGACUAAUCCUUUCUCCAACAACACCUACUUGCCUUUUUGUCACCAAUCUUCCCUUUUGGAAGAUUCCAUUGGUGAAAGAUUUUGCUCAGUCUCCAUUAUGCCUCAGCAGUCUUUGGAGGGCAGGAUUACUUCUACUGAUGUUGAAAAUGCUUUCAGUCCCAAGGUGACCAAUGCUGCUGUGACUGUUGAACACCCGAUUAAUCAACACAAACACCAACAGAAGUGUGUCAGUUUGCAUUCUGUUGUGCCCGAGUUAAAAUACAGAUCAGUCAGCACAGGCACUCAGACUGAAGACUCUAUGCAAAAUGAGGGGAACAAGACAUCAUGCUUUCCAGUAGCCAAUUUUAAAGUUGUGGGUAUAACAGAGGUCAGAACUCCAGAAGAGAUAGAUGACAAACCAAUUUACACCUGUGAUGUUGAGAGUAAAGAGCCAUUCAUACUUGUUCUGGGUGGUUGCAUGGAGGAAGCAGGCAGCUUGCACCCAAAACCUUUAAAAGCAUGGAAGGGAAUAUUUUUGUGAUCCAAUAGCUGCUGUGACUUUACUAGCUGCUGGUGGAAUUGGCAGAAUGCGGGAGUCAGAUGUAGAAGGGAAUAUAGCCAAGAAAAUGCAAGAAUAAGGGAAAAGCCAGUAAGGAAUCUGUAGCAGAGAGUUGAAAGCUUGAAGUCAUUUUUCGCUUUAGUUAGUAACCAGUAGAGAGCAUGCAGGAGCAAUGUGGCAUCUUUAGGUUUGCAUGCUCAGAGAACAAGACAUGCAAGACAUGGACUUUUUGAAGUAUUGUGGACAGCCUGCAAGAAGAGAGUUACAGUAAAGUAGUUGUAAGAACAGCAUGCCCUAGAUGAGAUCUGAACCCAGGACAAGCAACCCUUAUAGUAUUGGUGACAGGCAGUAACUGUUGCACCACCAGACUGCCCUAGAUGGAACUAGAGAAAAAGUCAAAGUCUUAGUAGUUUGAAUUGAGAGAGUAUGGCAAAUAGAGCUGAUCUUACAAUUUGUAGCACAUCAGAGGGUUGAGACAUUUGUCAAGAUAUAUCUUCUGUCAUUGUGAAGUCUUUUUUCUGAAGAUACUAAGAAACAUAUUUUGAUGUUUUAUGUAUAUCAUAUCUGACUUCUAAGCUGCGGUUUACACCAAGUAAGAAGAUUCUUAGUCUUAGAACCACUUCAGAUUUUUUUUAUAAAUCUUGAACAAAUAUGAUCACUACAAAGAAGUCAGAACAAGUCGGAACUGUCUCAUGGCAUCCAUGACUGUUUUACCUAGUUCAUUGUUCAUGUUGUCCAUUUAAUUAUGAAAUUUAUUGAGAAGUGAUAUUAAUUUCUUCAUGACACAUGUAAAUUGUUAAAAUGUAUAUAAAUUUUUAACUAGAGAUUUAUUUUAGCCAGACCGUUAUAUAUUGCUUUACUACUAUACGUAAAUGCACUAUUUAUAUAUUAUAGUGUCAUAUACACACAUAAUAUGAAAGCUACGUAUGUACUCAUUCAUCAUAUUAAGAUAUUACUUAAGUCUCAGAGAAUCUUAUAGAGGUGCUGACAGGUCUAGGACUUAAAAAAGCUGAAUCUAGUAGAAGGAAGUGUGAAACACAUACUGAAGAAAAGAAAAGGUAAACAGCCUGAGACAGCUGUAACAUGAUGCUAGAAACACAGGCAGCUGACAUUCAGUAGCAUUAAGUAACCAUUUCUUUUCUAUUCAGUGAUACUCUUCCUAGAAGAAGCUGCUUACAUAUUUUUAACUGAAAUCUUGAUUGUUUUGUGAUAUUAGGCAUCUUUUUGGUGCUUAUUUUGUUGGAAAUAAUAUUUACACAAAUGUAAAUGUUGAAAAUUGUCUUUCACAGUUUGUAAUUGAAGUAAACUUUUUACAAGGUAAUAAACAUAUAUUAAUCAUUAGAGAUGUAUUGUAUCCAAGCCAGAAUAAAUCAAAGGACAAAUAAACACUAUUUUCUA